AUGGCUCCCCCCGCGGGCACCUCCCUCCUCGCGCGCGCGCGCCAGGCGCUCGCCAAGUACGUGCGCCCGCCGUGGAACUACACGGGCCCGACCGUGUCCGCGGAGUUCCGCGAGUCCGUCCCCGUGCUGGGGGAGUACCGCCCCUUUGCGCCGACCAACCCGCCCGCCAAGGCGUCGAUUCCGCAGAGCGAUCUCGACCGCGUCUUUAACAUUAAGUACCACGACCGCGAGCGGCGCCGCGCGGUGUUCGAGACUAAGAAGGAAGAGCUGACCGUUGCGCAAAUUAUGGAGGGGAUCCGCGGAGGCGGAGCGAGCGCGGAGGCUUCGGGGGAGGUAUCGGCGGAGGCUGCGGGCGCGGGGGGGAGCUCAGGUGGAGGUUCCGCGGACCCCUCUCUCAUCGACAUCUGCGUCUCAGAUCUCGUUCUUCCCUCCUCCACUCCCCUCCCAUCGAUAUGUUGCAAUAUAUUCCUAUGA